AGCAAAAGGAAAACAAAAAAUAAAAAGGAAGGAGAGAGAUAGAAUAGAGAGAGACACACGACAAGAAAGGAAGGAGAGGAAGAGGAGGAGGAGGUGGUGCCGUGCUAUGGCCUUUGAGGUUGCCAUGCCUCCCCCAAGAUCCUAGGCAACCAGCUCGAGACCCCUUCCUUGGAUCAACCGGUGCGCCCUGCCCCUGAAUUCACCGCUCUCUCUCCGCCCCGCCGCGCCAAAUUCUGCUCCAUUUUGGUGCCCAAUUCCUGCGCUUUCGAUCGGUUCUUGGAGCCGGGCAUUCCUGGUUGGAAGUAGGAGCCGGAGCCGGAGAUGGAGGCGGACGCCGGGAAGCUGUUCGUCGGUGGCAUCUCGUGGGACACCAACGAGGACCGCCUCCGGGAGUACUUUGAGAAGUACGGGGAGGUGGUGGAGGCUGUCAUCAUGCGCGACCGAGCCACGGGCCGCGCCCGGGGCUUCGGGUUCAUCGUGUUCACCGACCCAGCAGUUGCAGAGCGUGUAAUAAUGGAGAAGCAUAUGAUCGACGGCCGGAUGGUGGAGGCCAAGAAAGCUGUCCCUAGAGACGAUCAGCAAGCUCUUAGCAAGAGUGGUGGCAGUGCUCAUGGAUCACCAGGGCCCAGUCGCACCAAGAAGAUUUUCGUUGGUGGUCUUGCAUCCACCGUGACAGAGGCAGACUUCAGGAUGUAUUUUGAGCAGUUUGGCACGAUCACUGAUGUUGUGGUGAUGUAUGAUCACAACACACAGCGUCCUAGAGGGUUUGGGUUCAUAACGUACGAUUCUGAAGACGCUGUGGACAAGGCAUUGUUCAAGACAUUCCAUGAACUUAAUGGUAAGAUGGUUGAAGUCAAGAGGGCUGUUCCUAAGGAGCUAUCACCUGGACCUAGCAUGCGCUCUCCUGCUGGCGGAAUCAACUAUGUUAUGAACAGAGCCAAUAGCUUUCUCAAUGGAUAUACCCAAGGUUACAGUCCGAGCCCGGUAGGUGGUUAUGGAAUGAGGAUGGAUGCAAGGUUUGGGCUUCUAUCAGGCGGCCGUAGUAGUUAUCCUUCUUUUGGUGGUGGUUAUGGAAUUGGUAUGAACUUUGACCCAGGGAUGAACCCAGGUAUUGGCGGUAGCUCGAACUUCAACAAUAGUGUCCAGUAUGGACGGCAGAUCAAUCCAUACUACAGUGGUAAUUCGGGUAGAUACAAUAGCAACAUUAGCUAUGGUGGAGUCAACGACAAUUCUGGGUCAGUGUUCAACUCACUGGCUCGUAAUCUGUGGGGUAAUUCAGGUCUCAAUUACUCUUCCAACUCUGCAAACUCUAAUUCCUUCAUGUCAUCUGCAAAUGGGGGGCUUGGUGGAAUCGGGAAUAACAAUGUGAAUUGGGGAACCCCUCCUGUGCCUGCUCAGGGUGCUAACGCUGGCUCGGGCUAUGGCAGUGGGAGCUUUGGUUAUGGAUCGACUGAAAACAACUUCAAUCUGAGUCCCGGUGCUUAUGGAAGGAACACUGGAUCAGGAGGCGUCAAUGCUUCACUCAACCAGUCAAGCAAUGGAUAUGGGAGGAACUUUGGAGAUUCGUCAGCGGGUGGUGGUGGCUCCAUCUAUGGAGACACAACUUGGAGAUCUGGAUCUGAGCUUGAUGGAACCAGCCCAUUUGGAUAUGGGCUUGGGAAUGCAGCUUCAGAUGUUACAGCAAAGAGCUCAGCGGGUUACAUGGGGCAUUAACAGAUAGAGGAAUGACGCCGCCUAGGAAUCUUUUUCGCAUACAGCAAUUCAUAAUUGGUUGAGAAGAGAACCGCAGGUGCAUCAGGUGCAAAUUUUGAACUUCACAUGAUUAAAAGGCAUGGGUUAGUUAAUAGAGCUAACCAGGGAGUUGGUCGAAGAGAUCAGAUAUAUAUCCUCGGAAAAUCAUUUAAGCGUAUUUGCAUAUGUAAGGUUUGAGAUUGUGGUUUCGGAUUUCUACAGCGACUUUAGGUUUUGGCAACCCUGGGUUUUUUCUUGGUUGAGAUGUGAAGUAAGAUUGCGGGAUAUAUA